AAGCGACAAAAGUUCUCUACAAGGGGAGAGAAGAUGUUUCCGGGGACUGGGAGGAAACGGUUAUUUCCUUUUCCCUGUUUUUGUACGUGCGAUUGUGCUGAUGGUACGAUAGUGCUCCUCCGCGAACGACGUAUUCUCGAAAGGACACCUUAUUAACCGGCACUGCCAAGAGACGACGCCGGACUGAGGAUCUCGGUGGGAAUGGGAGUACAAGCACGAGCACAAACACCCCAUCUCCAGGUACAGGUCGGAGUUCUUCUAUUCCCGCUCCUUCGGACGACGACGGUGGCAAUCUCGGAACCGAGGGGAUUGCCUCCUCCCCUCCUCCACCGCCGGCAAAGAAGCCCUUCACCGGUUUCUCCGUGAAGACCCACACAAGCACUAAUACUGCCGCUUCCACCACCUCCCGCCGCCGCAGACAACCGGAACAGCAGCAAAGAAAGCUAACCCAGCUGAAAAUUGACCUGGGCCAGCCGCAACGCGCCACUUGCCGAAUAUGCGGAAUGUCAUACUACCCGUGCACGCCCGACGACGACGCUUUACACAGGCGUUUCCAUGCCAAGUCUGUCGGCGGGGUCGAUUUCAAGAGCACCGUUCUGGAUGCUAAGAAGAGUAAGGUUGUCUGGAGAGGGAGGGAGGGGGAGCGGGAGGAGGAUUCGUUUGUGCUCGUUGUCGAUCGGAAGAGCGCUGCUGCCGAGAGGAGGAAGGCGAGGGAAGUGUUGGAGGUUGUGGAGUCGGAGCUUUCGGCUGGAGAGAUUGGGGAGGGUGUGCUUUGGGGGAGUGUUGGAGUGGGGGGAGGAGAGGGUGAUGGGGGGGAGAGGUUCAGGGUGCUGUUGUACGUGGUUGGGAAGAAGUGUGUGGGGUUGUGUCUUGCCGAGAGGAUUCAGAGGGCCUACCGGGUUGUUGGGGAUGAGGUUCAGAGUGACAUGGAUGGGGAGAUGAAGAGUGUGGUUUAUAGGGGAAGUUCGAUUUCGGUUUCGUAUGUUCUCAUUUCUACUUUCCAUCCAUCUUGUGCAUUCUAUGUUGAUGAUGGAUUUUCUCGUAGCGAAACUUCCCGCCCCGCUAUCCUCGGUGUAUCCCGUGUAUGGGUUUGCGCAGACCAUCGUCGCCGAGGCAUUGCUACCAGACUGCUGGAUUGUGCGCGAGAGCACUUUAUCUAUGGCAUGAAGAUUGAGAAGGAUGACGUUGCAUUUAGUCAGCCGACUGAGAGCGGUGGAGCGCUUGCUAGGGGGUGGUUCGGAGCGGAUAAGGCGCAUAAUUGGGCGGUUUACGUUGAGGAGGUAUAA